AUGUCCCCAACAGGGUCAGCAAGCUGGUGGCCGUGGAAGUCAAGCAAACUUGAUCUCAUGGAGCGACACCUGGAUGACAUGAAGAAACACAUGGAAGAAGUCAAGGCCAACAAGGAUAAACUCAUUGCCGACAAGGAUAAACUCAUUGCCGACAAGGAUAAACUCAUUGCCGACAAGGAUAAACUCAUUGCCGACAAGGAUGCGCAGCUAGAAGAACUGAGGGCUGACAAGGAUGCGCAGCUAAAAGAACUCAAGGCCGACAAGGAUGCGCAGAUAGAAGAUCUGAGGGCUGACAAGGAGAGACUCUACGACGAAUUGCAGCUACAGAAGAUGGAAACUCUCCGAGAACUAUCGCGGGUUAAGGUCGUAGCCAACAACCGAGCUCUGAUUCAGAUCGCCGUGGCACGGUACAGCAGCAAGAGUUCUUUCACGCAAGGUUUGGAGAAGUUUGUGAAUGAGCAUUUGUUGACGGACACGAAGAUAUUGAGUGAGUAUGGCAGAGAAGUCUGUAAGAAGCUGCGAGACUUUGGCUUCCCAGGGAAGGAAGAAUCUGUUGCGAAAGAACUGGCAGACCUCAUGUCCGCCCGUAUCAAGUAA